AUGGUCUUUUUCCAUCAAUAUUUUCUUAUCUUUGCACUAUGCACUCUCUAUGUGGAAUCAGCUAACCCGAUUGCACAAUUCUGCAAUGAAUUCUCAUACACCAUCACCCCUGAACUAUCCCAAAACAUAGAUUCUGUUCUAGCCAAACUGAUUCAAAACACCCCUCAAACAGGCUUUAAUAUUACGGAUUUUGGAGAUGAGGGAAAAGAAGUAAACGGGAUAGCCCAAUGCCGAGGAGACGUGCCCAGCCAAGAGUGCACAGCUUGUCUCCAAACCGCCGCAAAAGAAGCCAAAAAAAUGUGUCCAAACCAGGUCGAGGCUUUGAUAUGGUAUGAGUAUUGCUUCUUAAGGUAUGGCACUAGAAACUUAAUAGAAGAUGACGAUAUGGGCUUCAGAGUGGUUCACUAUAAUGUUGAAUACGUGACCAACCCGAGACUUUUUAAAGAAACCCUCACAGGACUUUUUGAGAGGAUAAGGAAAGUUCCGCUUGAGCCAAAUAGCAAAGGGUUCGGGAAAGGAGAGGUCAAGUUGUCGGAUUCUGUGACACUUUAUGUAAUGAUUCAGUGUACACGAGAAUCCGACAACACUAAGUGUGAAAGGUGUUUAAGUUACGUUGAAGGACGUUUUAAAUCUCUUUGUGAGGACAAGAAAGGGUGUAGAAUUAUAUACAGUAUGUGUUAUGUUAGAUAUGAAUUAUAUUCCUUUUUUUUCGGCACCGAUAAGAAGUUAUCUCUUGUAAACUCUUCAAUGGCAAACUACGUAGUUGGAAAACCUUGA